GGAUAUGGGAUACAAUUUUCUGGUAGCCCUGUCUAGGAAUAAGGAGUAUGGCCGCAGUACACUUUGGUAUGGCGACUAGUUCUGGUGAGUGUAAAACAGUGUAAAAUUUACCUGUUGAUAAUCAAAUUGGAUUUCGCUGAGGAGGAAAUUAUCGAAUUAUUGUAACUCCAACGAGGCGAACCGCCUCCAGCAAACUCCUCGAUUAACACGAUAUUCUGCUCUAAUGAGCUGGUCACUAUUUUCAUACAUAACAAGUGUAACCAAACGAUGUACCAGCAUCUCAAGAGUACGAAAAUUAGGAAAGAAGUAUUGUCAUUAUCUAUACAUGUAGCAUAAGCUGCUGGAUGAUGGUACGCAACGUGACAAAUGCUUUGUGAACAACUUGACAGAUCAGGAUAUGUCAGUGAUUUCAUUCACGUGUACAGAGAUAAAUAAGAAUGUAAAGUAAUUGACGUGUUUACCAGCAUAAUUAGGUCUCCUUGUUUUUUUUUUUUAAAUCUGUGUAUAAAAAAUUUCGUAUGGGAGAAUGGCAAUUCGUAUCGCAUUAGAAUGUGGGCACACAUCAAUGUUACGUAUGCGUCCCACCCCUGAAGGGUACACUCAUGAUUGGGAAGUAUUUGUGCGUGGUAUGGACAAUGCUGAUAUUCAUCACUAUGUGGAAAAAGUGGUCUUUCAAUUACAUGAGACAUUCCCAAAACCAAAGAAGAUCUUAAAAGACCCACCGUUUGUGAUAAAACAAUCUGGUUACGCUGGCUUCGAAAUCCCCAUUCAUAUUUAUUUGAAGAACAAGGACGACGGCAACAAAAGGAUAGAAAUUUUAUAUGACCUUAAUUUGCAAACCAGUGGUCCUGCAUACACAAAUGUCAUAAAACACAUUGAAACUAUUAGCAAUCCUUCAGAUGAGUUUAGAAGAAAACUGUUGAAGGGUGGUGGUAUUCCUGUAUCGACGUCCGAAUAUUCAUCUGAGAAGAGUGAGACAAAAACCCCAACUAUGGUUAGCAAACCAAAGUUGAGUGGGAGUGAUUCAAAAAGGCACAAAAAUGUAGAAUCGAAAACUUCAAAUUCCUUUGCUGAAUUAUUUGGAACACCGUUGAAACCUACGAAGGUUUCCCAAGACACCAAAAAGCUUACACAGCCUGAAAGAUCAUCUGCUUCUAAGUCAUCAGUUACCACAGAAAAGUCUGAUAAGGUGGAUAAAGCAAAACUUAAAGAUAGCCCUCACAAGGAUGGUAAAAAGGAAAAGCUAGAUGAUAAAAAGGAUAAGAAAAUUAAAGAUCAAUCGAAAGAUAAAACUCGAAGUAAAGAGAAAUCAAAAAGGCCUCCGAGUCCGGGAAAUAGAAGCCAUUCUAGCCCUUCGAAUAAGAGACCUUUGUCACCUCCAGCCAUACCAGUAAAGAAACCUCCUAGUCCUCUUCCCCCUCCAAAAAGAUCAGCUUCCCCAAAGCCUAAAGAUAAAGAACUGAAGAAAGUACCCGCAGAAAAGGAGAAAGAGAAGAGUAAGGAGAAAGUUAAAGAUAGCUCGAAGAAUAUUGCCGACUCUUCAAAAAGUGAGAAGAAGAAAGAUAAGAAGAAGCACAAGGAAGAUCGGGAUAAAGAGCGGAAAGAUAAAUAUAAGGAUGGAGAACAGUCUAGUUCGAAAGAACCGAUGAAAGUUACUGAAAAGAAAAAUGACAAGCCGGAGAAAUCAGAGAGAGCAGAGAAAGAGAAGAAUCAAGAGUACAAAUCUACGAAAGAUGGAAGAAAGUCACCAAAACCUCAAAAAGAAAGUGAGAAACCAAAGGAUGACAAAUUGUUGAAAAUUGAAAAAUCGGAAAAGACUGAGAAAACUGAUAAAACGAAGGACGGCAAAACUGAGAAAGACAGGCAGAAGCACAAGCACAAGAAAAGGGAUAAAAAGGACAAGCGAGAUAGUAGCAAAGAUAGGGAGAGAAAGGAGAAACGAGAAAGGAUAAAAUCGUCAGUGGAUAAACAAAAUAACGUGCCUAAUGCUUCUGUAGCUAAUCCUCUCUCAGCUCUCUUGGCAGAAAUUCCGGAAAGAGACAGUAGUGAUUCAGCGCCAUCCGUAGAUGAAGAUUCUUACUCGGAAUCAAAAUUAGUGCCUACUAUUAAGAAAGAAACAGAGAAUUUGACAGUAUCUACACCGCCUACAGAAAUGGCUAAACCACUUUCGCCUGCAAUGCCAAUGAUGGACAUCAAGAAGGAGAAAGUAGAACGAAUUAAAAGGGAGAAACCUAAGGGAAGUAAAGGGGAGGAAAAGGAGACGCGGAAGAGGAAACGAAAAAGUGAUAGUAAACUUGACGAUGAGCCAGCGAUCAAAAGGGAAAAGGAUAGAGGUCAUUCAACAUCUCCUACUUUAGAACCUGUGUCGUCGAGUCAAUCGCCAGUCGUAGUGGACCAGGAAAUGGUUCAUGUGAAGGAGGAACGUAGUGUCAAGGAGGGACAAAUCAUUGAAAAGAAUGUAGAAGUGGAAGCAGAACAAGUGGCCCCCGAUUCAACGAAUAGUACUUUAGUUGAUUCCGAUAUGGGAGAACCGCCAGUGUUUUCGGAAGAUUACGUGUCACAGUUGAAAGACUUGCAGCAAAAAAUAAUGACUUUGCAAGAUAACGAGGAAUUACAAAGAGUUGUUCAGGUAAUUGCGGAAACUGGUCAAUACGAGAUCACGAAAAAGACGUUUGACUUUGAUCUGUGUGCUUUAGAUCGUAGAACGGUACAGCGUUUGCAACAAUUCUUUGCAUCGUGACCGUCUAUAGUUUAGGUCAGAAUAUUCUUUAUAACAUAUUAAUAUUCUAUGUAUAUUAAGUCAUUAAGUUAUAUGAGCUUACAAGAGAGAUUCUUUCAAACAAGUAAUUUGUACAUACAUAAAGUCCUAAGAAACUCUUUUAGGUAUUAAUUUUCUCUGUAAGAGAAGAAGAAUCCAUUUUUAUCUGGACAAAUAACUUGAGUGUUCGUAUAGAUAUGUUUGUUUUAAUUUAAUGAUUGUUCAUAUUCAAUUCUACCGCAUAACAAUGCAUAAAUUAUGCACAACAAAAAUUUCGAUCAAAAAUCGCUGCAAGACAUGAGAACAUCUAUCCCUCAUUAAUCACAAGAUCACGUUAUUUUCAUAGAUUUUUACAUAUUUCCAGCACUUGUUAUUUUUACAUUAUUUUGUACAUAUUUAAUGUAUAAUCUGUAUAAAGUAUAGAUUGGGAAUUUUAUGUUGUCAUUAUUUAACAUAAAGGUUUAACUGUUUCUCUGGGAACAUUGGAAUAUAAUCUACAAUGCAUUUAUUCACGUUAUAUAGACGUGAAAUACAUUCUUUUUAAUCAUGAAUAUGAAGAAAGUUAUUGACUUUUAUAAUAGUCCAGAUUGUUCAAAGAUUUUGUGCAUCGCAUCACUUUGUAACAUAGAUAUAUUCUUGAUAUCUCGCAAAGGAUUUGACCUACGGGUUCAUAUGCCAGAACCGGAGACAUCCAUUGUAUUUAUUAAUACUUUCAUGCACGACCUACACGACGUGACGGACGUGACUGCAAGCAAACGAAACGAUCAUUUUUAUCUAUUGGAUGUAUUCGGUAUAGAAUUUUAACGAGUUUCUGCAACCUCCUAAAUAUUUAGUAGUACAAUCGGCGCAAAUUUUUAUCUAAUCACUUAUGUAAACCACUUUGCAAGUAUUAGCCCGCAUUAGUAUAAGUUUGAAAAGAGCGAGUAAUAUUAAUAUGUCAUGAACAGAAAAUAGUUUGUCAGAUUCUUAGCCACGAAUGUUCAUUCUCAAUAAUUUUGUAUAAACGUGAAUGUUUAUCGUUUUAACUGGAAUGUAAAUUAAUAUUUCGUUUCGCGAAUACAGCACAUAAAUAGGUAACUGUCAUUGUUUUUGUCUUGUUCAGGACAUACGGAAUACGUACUCGCUAUCAAUAUGUCUAUACGGAUGAUUCAUUCACGGUGAAAAAUGUGAAAAUAUUUUUAUCUGCUUUUUAUCAAAAGUGACCAUCGGACAAAGAUCUAAGAUGGUACUUUACUGAAUUGUCUAGAUAAAUCAUCCGACAUCCACAUCCGAAGUGACAAAUCUAAAUUUGCUUUGAUCAUAUGCUAUUGUUCGUUUCACUAUCGCAAAGUAUCAUUGAGUGGUCAUGAUUUUGCGUGCAAUUGAUACACCAAAUAGUGUCUAAUGUUUUUUAAUACUGUUAUAAAUAAUGGAGAUUGCAUAUUAGAUAAAUACCGUGGUACUUUGUAUAGUUUUUUUGCAGUAUGUUAUUUAUUGUAUUAGAGGGAACCAGAGAAGCCCUGAAUGUCGAUCGAAUGAGAAAGUUGGGUAAUUAUUGAGACGAUUAUACUUGCGUGAUUUUGUAGUGUGAUGUUGAACAAUUUUUGUACGUACUCACUGCUUGGACUUGGUUUCCGAAAUAUUCUAAAAAAUGUAAUCAAUACGCAUGAUAAUUAUUUAUAAAAAAGCAGCGCACCAAUUUCGAUGAUCUUGAAAUCGGUAAGGAGAACAUGUAAUGAUCACCAGAAGUUGUUUAAUCGAAAUCGUACUUGUAGAAGUAUAAUAUUUUUGUGUUUAUAUGGAAAACGUGUUGUUAAAAGUGUACUCACAACAUUUUUGGGUUAGUAAAAACGGAAGAUAAUGAUGGGGAAAUCAAGAAUAACCGCAUAGUCGAAAUUAAAACAAAUUCAGUGGAUUUGUUUCUAAUUCGCAUUUAAAUUUUUGACAAUUAAUCUAUGAUAUUUACUUGUUUCAUUGGAAUUGAAUCUGCUGAAUGGUAUAUUAUGUCAGCAUUAGACUCUCGUCUAGGCAAGGUGAGAGUGUAUUUGCAUCGCGCUCGUCUUGUCUUAUGUUGCCUUGUCUCAUCUGAUCAUUGCUCGGCUCCGAAUUGUUGGUAAGAUAAGCAUGUAGCAUGAUACGUUUCAGUAAAAGUCUCGACGAAAUGUUCAGCGAAGGCGAGACAUCUUGAUGAGAGUGUACUGCUGGUAUUAGAAAUCAAAGGAAUUCUAUUUGAACAAGGGCAUUACAUAUUAAGUAUCUGCAGGAUAAUAUUUGUACUAUAUACUCUGUUAUUAGAUUUAAAUCAACGGAAUUGUCAUUUACACUCAUACACUGUCACCAGUUAGUAAAUUAAUUUGAAAUCGGUUACCUAUCAGAAUAUAGUAUGAUUUGUCGAAUA